AUGUCUAAAGCCUCGCAGCCCGAACUCAAGAAGUUCAUGGACAAGAAAUUGUUCGUCCAUCUCCAGGGAGGUCGCAAAGUCAGCGGGACGUUGCGAGGUUACGACCUUUUCUUGAACCUUGUGAUCGACGAUGCUCUGGAGGAGACAAAUCCGGCACAAAAACAUCCCAUUGGAACAGUCGUUAUUCGCGGUAACAGCGUAACCUCGAUGGAAAUCUUGGAGGCAAUACGAUGA